AUCAUUUUCAGCGGGUUAUAUAAACUCAUUCUUUUUCUAACUGCCAUCCCAAGUGUGAACAAGCUUCCAUUCCCGUCCAUUAUGAACAUCCUACUCUUCAUUGCUUUUACUGUAUUCGCAACUGUUUUGGCGAGAUGUCCAGCUGACUGGAAUCACUACAAUGAUAGAUGUUUCUUCCUCAGUCGGGAUAACGAAACAUUCGCCGAUGCCCUUAAAUUGUGCGAGGUCAUUGGUAAACAGUAUGGAAGAGUCGCCACGCUUGCCACCGUUGAUGAUGCUGGAACGCAGAAACAUCUAGCCAACCUCGUUGCACAAACAAAUAGCGUUGAAUUUUACAUUGGUGCCAAUGAUAUAGUCCAUGAAGGGACUUGGGUGUGGUCGUCCAGUGGACAGACUAUAACAUACAACCACUGGGGACCCACACAGCCCAACAACAGAGGGGGUGCCGAGAACUGUGCCGCCAUCACUUACGAUGCCCCGUACGGAUUCCUCUGGCACUGGGUAGAUGAGCCAUGCACCUUCGAAUCCACUUAUAUCUGUGAAAUGCCGUUUGCUGAGGUACACUCUCCUGUUGUGGGAUAAAGAACCUCCAGUUGUUGUCACGUGUUUGUAUCUAAUAAAUAAUGAAAUUAAAUGUGCUGUGUUUAUCUGUGUUAGUUAUGACUAUUGAUGCGUUUUAAACGAAAAGAUCGCACUAUACUCUUAGAGGCUAGUGGAGUUCUCUGCAACUGAAAUUUGAAUUUGAAUAAUUUAAUGACAAAUGAUGAUUCUGUUAACAUAUCAACAGAAAUCUUUAACAAGAGACCCAUGGGCCACAUCGCUCACAUGAGGAACAGCAGGUAUGAUAAAAUCAGCUUAAUGGAGUCAUAAUACAAACUAUCUGGACAAUGUACAAUAAUACAUGUAGAUCCUGUAUAAAUAAAAUUUAUUUUUUUUUAAUUUAUUUAAAAUUAAAAUUUAUUCAUUUUCCCCCUAGAUAUUCUUAUGUUUAUAAUCAUUAGUCCAUUUUCUAACAGGAUGAUUUUAUAGUCAUAUCAUAUGUUGAGCAUUGCAGUUCUCAAAAAGAUCCUUAACAAUAGUUUAUUUAUGGGAUAUAAACCUACAUCAAACUCUGAACCUUCUUGUGAGGCCAAAGAAUUGUCCUGGGGCCAAAGUCUUAACAAUUAUAAAGAAUCAUCUGGCUGAUUAGUUUCUGAGAAGAAGAUUUUUAAAGAUUUACUCUAUAUAUUCCUUUGUUAAAAUUUAACCCCCCAUUGUGGCCCCAACCUACCCCUGGGGAUCAUGAUUUUCACAACUUGGAAUCUACACUACCUGAGGAUGCUUCCACACAAGUUUCAGCUUUCCUGGCUGAUUAGUUUCUGAGAAGAAGAUUUUUGAAGAUUUACUCUAUAUAUUCCUAUGGAAAACUUCGACCCCUCCCCCCAUUGUGGCCCCAUCCUACCCCCCGGGGUAACGAUUUUCACAACAUGGAAUCUACACUACCUGAGGAUGCUUCCACACAUGUUUCAGCUUUCCUGGUCUUAUGGUUCAUGAGAAGAAAAUUUUCUCAGAUUUUUCUCUGUAUAUUCCUAUGUAAACUUUCGAUCCCCCCCCCCCAUUGUGGCCCCAUCCUACCCCCGAGGGUCACGAUUUUCACAACUUUGAAUCUACACUACCUGAGGAUGCUAUCACACAAGUUUCAGUUUUGCUGGCUGAUUAGUUUCUAAGAAGAAGAUUUUUAAAGAUUUACUCUAUAUAUUCAUGUUAAACUUCGACCCCCCCCCCCCCAUUGUGGCCCCACCCUACCACCGGAGGUCAUGAUUUUCACAACUUUGAAUCUACACUACCUGAUGAUGCUUUCACACAAGUUUCAGCUUUCCUGGUCUUAUGGUUCAUGAGAAGAAGAUUUUUGAAAAUUUCUCGAAAAUUUUCAUAAAUUCCUAAUUAUCUCCCUUUGCAAAAGGGCGUGGUCCUUAUAAAAGGGCGUGGUCCUUAAUUUUCACAACUUUGAAUCCCCUUAGGCUAAGGAUGCUUUGUGCCACGUUUGGUUGAAAUUGGCCCAGUGGUUCUUGAAAAGAUGUUGAAAAUGUGAAAAGUUUACAGACAGACGGACAGACAGACGGACGACAGACAAAAUGUGAUCAGAAUAGCUCACUUGAGCUUUCAGCUCAGGUGAUCUAAAAAUUAAUCAUUUUUAAGAUGCAAAAUAAAAAGUGUUAGAUCAGUAUCAGGGAAUGAUUUAGCUAAUGUGUGUUCCGUUGAAUCUGACAUAAAUUGAUUACCAUCAUGCAUAUGUUACAACCAUGAACGCAUGAUGAUAAUAUGCUAAUGUGACCGUGAUUUUUUUAACAAGUCUAAAAUGCAGUUUCCAAACAUUACAAAUGUAUCGUAUCGCAUUGAAUUCUUAAUGCGAUAUCAUGUUGAUACCACAUUUUGUUGCAUGGCAGUUUUUUUAUGGCUACAGUUUUAAUAUUUUUGAUUUUUAACGCUACAUAAAUAUUGUCAUAUACUGAGAGAGAUUAUGAGAGAACACGUAAAGGCAUAUACAUGUAACUUGCUGUUCAAUGUUUUAAAGAUUUAUAUGCUUGAAAAAAAAAAUCUGAAUUAAUCUAGACAUGCAGCUAGAAAGAUUGAUGUAUAAAAGGACAAAUACACAAAAUAUUGCAAAAAUUCCGUCCUUAAUUUGAUAUCAACUCUACAUGUACGUGAACACAGCUACAAGAUAAUAUGAUGUCGACUUUUAAGCAUUAAUGCAUCAAAAUUAUCUUAAUAUCCUUUGUAAGCAAGAUAUAUAUGACAUCAAUGGAGAAAUGAGAUUCAUACAAUAUCGUAAAACUUUAAGAACAUUU